UCGCUCAUUCAUUCAGGCUGAGACACUCGGAGCAUUUAUUAGGGGCUCGCCGCGGCUCACUCGCAGUCUCGUCUCCGCUGAAGUCUGACUUGGACUUUAGCUCCAGACAGCUCAGCUAUUUUCAGGAAGCAGCUGGAGAAUGCUGCCUCAAGGAGUGCUUUCUCUGCUCACGCUGUUCUGUGUUUUCAGGGCUUCUGUCUCUGUCCUGGAUGAAGAUGACGACUAUGAUCUCAUGUAUGUGAAUCUGGAUAAUGAAAUCGAAGGUCCGGUUCUUGGGACUGAGGAAACUUCGUGUGACUGCCAGCGAGAGCACACCGAGUGGGACAAGCUCUUCAUCAUGCUCGAGAACUCGCAGAUGAAGGAGAACAUGAUGCUGCAGACCAUGGACGACAUCCUGAAGGUGGACCUGCAGACGCUCAGAGCAGAGCUGAGCCAGCUCGCUGCCAGCCUCGCCGGCACCUUCAGCGCUGCGGUCGAGAAAGUCACUUCCCACGUCAUCUCCCAGGUAGAGCAGGCGCUUGUGAGGAGCAGUGACCACGGUGAAGAAGCCAAGGGGCUUCAUGAGUCCCAGCAAGGAAAGGUCCUCGAGCACGUUCUGCUCCUGAGCCACAACGUGUCCAACAGGCUCAGCCGCCUGGAGAGCGCUUGCCUGAGAAGGUCUGAGGCGGAGGCUCAAGAAACAGCUUUUCAGCAGGACAAACUCAGUCCCACCAGAGAAGACAACCUCAUUUUGACCUCCCUGUGGAAAGAGCUACAGCAGAUGAGAGCCGAACUGAAGGCAUCGCAGAAAUGGGCAGCUCGGCACUUGCUGCCAGCGGGCUGCGAAACAGCAAUUCUAUUCCCAAUGCGUUCAAAAAAGAUCUUCGGGAGCGUUCAUCCAACCGCUGAGAUGACCCUCCGCUCCUUCACUGCUUGCAUCUGGAUCAAAGUGACUGAGGUUUUGGACAAAACUAUUGUCUUCUCCUACGGAACCAAGAAAAAUCCGUAUGAAAUUCAGCUUUAUCUCAGCCGUGAGUCUGCAGUGCUUGCUGUAGGUAGUGACCAGCACAAGUUAGUGGUCAAAAAUGUAAUUGUUCCUGGGAAGUGGAUCCAUCUCUGUGGCGCCUGGAGCUCAGACAACGGGACUGUGUCCCUGUGGGUGAACGGAGAGCUCGCGGGCACUGCCGCGGGCGUUGCUGACGCUCACACUGUUCCAGACGGAGGAAUUCUGCAGAUCGGUCAGGAGAAGAAUGGCUGCUGUGUUGGAGGUGGAUUUGAUGAAGCUUUAGCCUUCUCAGGAAAAUUAACAGGCUUUAACCUGUGGGACAGAGUGCUCAGCACCGAAGAGAUAGCAGCGCAGAGCGGGGAAGAUGCGUGCAGUAUCAGGGGCAACAUCAUCGGGUGGGGAGUCACAGAAGUGCUGCCAUACGGGGGAGCUCAGUAUGUUUCUUAAACUCUUGUAAAGCAGUUUCUGAAGCAGAGAACGUAUUCCAUUAAGAGCAGAAUGCCAAUGCAUACAAUACACAGAGCUGAAAGAGCCUGCACCUCCCAACCUCCCAAGGAAGAUUAGCACUGCAAGUUUACAGAAUGAGGUACUGUGGAGAUGGGAUUUGAUCUCUGCCUGCUGUUUUGGCAAAACACUGAAAAUAAUACAUCAAGGCUUGACAUUGGAAAAGCUAUUCAUGAGGUCAGACGACCGCUGUCUCUCUAGCUUACGUAUAAAAAUGAGUGCCACUGUGGCCUGAGCAGAACCGGACUCCUGCAGUUCCUGCUAAGCUCCUGCACGUCUCCGCAGAACAGAUGCAAAGCCACACAUCUUCCAGGCUUCUCCAGUCGCUGGUUUGCAGAGUGCUCAUGUCAAUUGUGCAGAGGAACCACAAAAGCCAAGAAGCGUGUUGUUUAUUAAGUGUUGUUAGUAAUUUGUAGACUACAAUAAAACUAGCUUCUUGUUUAAAGCUUUAUUUAAUGCCACGGAUUGACCUAACGUAUAAAAGUAAUAUUCACCAUCAUAAUCCGAUGUUACAUUUUGAGAAAACGCAGCUGUAUUAUACUGUAAAUUGACUUUGUAAUAAUUUUAUUGAAAUUAUUUUUGUAAAGUUGUUCUGUAAAUAAAGAUACUUUACUAAACUAA